AUGUCAUCGGCAUCUGAUCGCCUAUACUUAAACAAGAGGCUAGGGGCUAUCCUUGACAAGAUCUAUGAAUUGAAAGAUGAUGAUGAGAUCAUUUUUCAGGAAGUGUUCCAUACGCUCCCCCCACGUGCCAACGGUGACUACUACAAGGUGAUUCACAGUCCCAUGUCUUAUUCAAAGAUUCGACAGGCCAUAAAGCACCAGAAAUACAAUACUGCUCAGGAAUUUGUUAAUGAUUUGGCGCAGAUUACUUGGAAUGCUCGUUUUUUCAACGAGGAAUCAUCUGUGUACUACAAGUGGGCUUCUGUCUUGGACCAAUAUCUCAGAACUGCCGUAAUUCCAGAACUUCAAUCAAAUACUAGACUUUUUGGUUUUGAAUCUAUUACGUAUCCUGAUUUGGAUCCACUUCCCAAUCAGUCAAGAUCUACGGAAAGCCAGCCUCAACAACAAGAGGAGACUCAAUCAAACCAACUUUCAGUUACUCCUCAGGAAACUCCUUCUCCACAAGCGCAAUCCCCAGAUAAGAUUGAAGAGAGCCCGCUACCGGACUUCAGCACUGCGGCUCAACCGCAUCCUCUCCUUCAUGGUUCGUCACCCAAUCCUGCGUCUCCGCUAUAUCAUUUGGGUUCGGUUCCCUCGCGUCAUCCUGCGUUGCCCAACUACAACCCAGCUUCAUACGAAGGACACAUUGAGACUAAUGAACAUCCAUGUAUUUACAAUCCUCCGCGAAUUUCCAACACGGGUGUUUCAAACCAUCAGCUGCUUGAACAGUGGGUCAAGCGUGGUAGACCCCCUAUUGUCGAUAAACCUCACGAACAGAGAAUCAAAAGUAUCAUGAGAGGUCUUAAGAAAGUGAAGGUGAACGGAAAGACUAUCAUUGCUGUCUUUGAUAAACUUCCAAAUCAGCAAGAGCACCCUGAAUUCUACCAAAUGAUCAAAGAUCCAAUAUCAAUGCUUGACAUUAAAGGCUUGAUUAAACAAAGAUAUUACAAGUCAGUGGAUGCUUACAUGGCAGAUGUCUUUCGCCUCAUAUCUAACGGUAAGCGUUAUUAUCCACUAGUUCAUGAUGAUUUCAAUGCCAAUAACAUUGAUUCGUUGGAAAGAAAUAUUUUUCAGCUGUAUACGCUAGAGAUGGCCAAACCAGAAACCGACUACAUUGGAGAUCUGCAAUCUUCCAAGAUACCACUGAGUCAGAUUGUUUACGAAGGACGCAGUUACAAAGUAGGUAACUGGGUUAUGAUGAAGAAUCCUAACGAUGCUGCCCGUACUAUUCCCGGUCAGAUUUUCCGUAUUUGGCAAGAACAUGGUAAGCAGUACCUCAAUGUUUGUUGGUAUUACAGGCCAGAAUGGACUACGCAUCGUUUUGACAGACUUUUCCUUGAGAACGAAGUCUUCAAGACUGGCCAAUAUCGUGACCAUCCAGUCGAGGACAUUGUGGGACCCUGCUAUGUAGCCUAUUUCACUCGCUGGCUAAAGGGAGAUCCCGGUGUUAAGUAUGAAGGCCCUCUUUUCAUUUGCGAGUUCAGAUAUAACGAUCGUGAGCUCAAUUUUGCCAAAAUCCGUACCUGGAAGGCUUGCCUACCCGAUGAAGUGCGGCAUAUUGAAGAUCCUAUAUUCCCUAUUGAUAGACCUCGUGUUUUAAAGAAGUUUCCCUCACCUAUCAAGCAUCUUUUACCACCGGGUUCAUCUUCUACUACCCCAGUUCCGUCACCUACCAUUCUCAAUUUGAAUGCCCCACCAUUGGUUGGUGGAAUAUACAUCAAAAAGCCCGGUGAGGAAGACGAGGUUAACUACUAUGAUGCGGACUUGCAGCAGCAUCAAUAUAAAAUUCUCAUCCCACCGACUCUGAAUAUGAGAAGUUCCACUACCGCUUCGGAAGUAAGGUCUUUAAGCCAUAGAACUCGCAGUGGCUCUCCACAGUCUCAGUAUUCCCCUCCUAAGCCAACAGCAGUGCAGUUUUCCGUGAACCAACUUCACAACGGUGGUUUCGCUGCAUAUCUUGCUGCUCAACAGGGAGUAUCUCAAAAUGGAGUGGCUGGAUCUGCCCGUCCAGAUAUACCGUCGUUUGCCAUGCAGUUACCUCAAAGGUUACAACAGGAAGGGGUAGCUGCUGUUGUUGCUGCUGCCGCUGCUGCUGCAUCCAUGGGUACCCCCGCGGGAAGCCCUGAUCAGCUUUCUCAGCAGCCGUUUAGAUACCAACCUCCGGAUUCUCUGAAUCAGCACUUCAGUACUCAUAGUUAUAGUGGGGGAGGAGGUCACAAAGUGAUUCAUAGUCCCUUCAACACUAUGAGUUAUCAAUUUUCACCUUAUGCGCAGGCAUCGUUUUCACAAUCCUUUAUCCAGCCUAGUAGCAAGGAGAAACUGCUUUCGAAAUUUGCCAAACAGAAUUAUGAAAAGGUGGAUUUAUCAAACUUUGAAAGAUUUGGUGAAACCAUGCAGAAGCAAAACUACUUACAAUUGGCUUCAGGUGAAAGUAUGGUGACCACUGAGGAGUUGCGAGAAGAAGAUGCUACUGGAUCGCAUGAUGACGCACCUAUGCUUUGGUUUAAGGCACCUCCAGAGUACAUCCCUAAUCGCAUUCUUAACUCGGGAGCAGCAGCUGAAGAUCAGUUAUCGAAUGAUUUGAACCCAAUAUUGAAGAAAAGAAAGCUUCCAGUUGGAUUUAAGACAAUUAAAUUGGGACAUAGUGCUAAAUAUCUUGCAUGGAAGAUGCAGCAGGCAGAGAGAACUGAACUAUCGAAUGAAGCAGAAGCCUGA